UAAAGUUUUUAUGUGCUGAGUGAAUCUGACAGAUCUUGGCUGAACAUUGUUCAUUGUAAGCUUACAUUUAGUUUGGUCAUUUAGCAGAUGCUUUUAUACAAAGCAACUUGCACAUAAGGACAAUAGAAACUAUAAACAUAAAGGAUUUAUUAUUAUAAUAGUAAAUUUAUCAUAAUUUGUUGUUAUUCACUUAAAAAUAUGUUAUUGACAUACCUAUGUUUCACAGCAGCACCACCUGCCCCCUUAAGUACAUCUUGCAUGCCUUCCAGUCAGUGCCUCAAGUUGCAACACGUGUCUCUCACACACCAUCAAGCUCUAUGGGCCAGAUCUCUGCCACGCCUCUGCCAGAUGAGCAUUUCUUUAGGCCCACAUUUAGACUGGGGAAGACAGGCACUGGACCAAUUCCAUGCUCUGCUGCUCAGCUGCACAUCCUAACUUUAUUGGAACAUGUGAAGGAACAGCAAAUGGCGAUUGCUGCUGCUGUGAACAAUCUUGCUUCAAGACUGGGGACAGAGGCUCCUGUGGCUGAAAAGCCUAAAGACAUCAGUAUCCCCCUGACCACUGUGCCUGAAGUUGAGGAGUUUGAGGAAUGGCUUAAAGACUCAAGAAAUUCACAAGCUAAACAAAACAUGAUAUCUGCUCUGGGUGCUGUUGGAGGUCAAAACACCAAAAGAGUGACAUGGAACAUACUUUCAAGGCUUUACUCAGAUGCAGUAGCCAAACAAAUAAACUGGAAAGGAGUCAAUGGGAAGAAGUGCUUUAAGGAAAUGCUCACAAGAAGUUUGUUGAUCAGGGCUAUAAGAAAGAACCAGUCUUCGACCAAUGCAGCAGACAGUGAGAUAGAUUCUUAUGCCAUCCGUUGGUUCAAUCUUGCUCCUGACCGUGGCGGUGGCCGGAAAGAGCGUUCAAGAGUCAAAGAGGCGUUAACUGAGAUGGCCCGUGGGAAUUAAAUUGUUUGACUGCUCUAUCUGAUUGUGUUUUUAGUUCAUUGGGAUAAAUCUGUUAUUAUUAGUAUUCUCUGUUUUGCUCUGACCACAUUGUUUGGACUCGGGGGACCAACUCCUGUAGUUGCACAGUUAAAAAAAAUAGUAAAUAAAUAAAUAAAUGAAUUUAUUUGCAUUGUU